UGUGAUUUAUUAAAUUUAAUUAAUUAAUUAUUAUUUUCUCUCCACUUUCUUUUCUUCUUUCUUUCUUUCCCAGAUCCCAUAUGAAUAUGAUAUGGUCAUUUCCAAUUCCCAGAUCCACCCUCACAUCACAUACAUUCCUCUUGCUCCUCCUACACCGUCCGUAGGGUUUAUCCAACUCGAUCCGAGUCAACUCAGCCAACUGAAACUCGCUCUCCUUUUUAUUUUAUCACAUAAUAAUAAUAUACAUGAACCAGAGCCACUCAAGCAACAACAGCAGCAACAGCAACAGCCAUGGUUCUAAUAAGAAAAUGGUAGUCAUGGACGCCCAGCCUUCCCGACCCGGAAGGUCCCACAGCCGAUCCAAUUCCUGGGUCGGCUGGUGGUCCUCCUCCGCCUCCGUCGCCCCGCCCGAAUUCGCGCCCCUCAUACCCAAAUCCGCAUCCGACUCCGUGACCCGAUCCGACUUCCAGCCUUACCUCGCCUCCAUUUCCGAUCACUACAACCGCUUCGAGGACAUCAUCAACCACGUCAAGAAGGAGAACUCGGACAUCGACUCCAUCGGCGGCCAAGGCGAAGCCCUCGUCGCCUGCCUCCGAGAAGUCCCCGCUCUCUAUUUCAAAGAAGACUUUGCCCUAGAAGACGGUGCCACAUUUCGAUCGGCCUGCCCGUUCACGAACGUCUCCGAGAAUCUGGUGCUCCAGGAGAAGCUCUCGCAUUACUUGGACGUCGUGGAGCUUCACUUGGUGAAAGAGAUCUCGCUGCGUUCCAACUCCUUCUUCGAGGCUCAGGGGCAGUUGCAGGACUUGAAUGUGAAGAUCAUCGAAGGAUGUAGUCGGAUUCGCGAGCUCAAGGAGACCAUUCUGCUCUUGGAUGUCGAUUUGGUUGAGUGCGCCAGGCAGAUUCAUGAUUUGAAUGAAACCAGGAGUAAUUUGUUGGCUCUUCAACAGAAAUUGAGGCUCAUUCUUUAUGUCAACCAAGCUCUUUCCGCGCUUAAACUGCUUGUUGCCUCUGCAGAUUGUGCUGGAGCUUUGGAUGUCACAGAUGAUUUGCAGCAUUUGCUGGAUGGGGAUGAGCUUACUGGUCUACAUUGCUUUCAUCACCUCAGGGAUCGCGUAGCAGCUUCAAUUGAAUCCAUAAACAGCAUUCUUUCUGCAGAGUUUAUGCGUGCUUCAAUACACGAUGCUGGAGAUACAGAUGUUAUAAUUAUAUCCAGAGCGCAGGCAAGGGCGUCAAUUCUCUUGAAUGGAGAAGAUGGUGAAAUUAAGUUGGACGAUGAAGAAACCUCCAAUUAUCAAGAUCGUCUUCUUCCUGUCAUCAUUGGAUUGCUUAGAACAGCCAAGCUCCCUUCUGUGUUGAGGUUAUAUCGUGACCAGCUUACAGCUGACAUGAAGGCAGCUAUUAAAAAUGCGGUUGCAGAGCUGCUUCCUGUUCUUGUUUCCCGACCCAUGGAGUCAGACUUUACACCUGGAGAGCGAAUAGUAGAUGCAGAUGGUAUUGGUGCAUCACUUGCAAGCAAGUUGAGGAGCCUGUCAUCUGAAAGCUUUGUUCAACUUUUAAGUGCUAUUUUCCUGAUUGUAAGGGCACAUCUAGUGCGGGCUGCUGAAGUAAAGAAGGCCAUCGAGUGGAUUAUGUGCAACCUUGAUGGUCAUUAUGCAGCAGAUUCAGUUGCUGCUGCAAUCGCUGUUGGUGCCGCAGCUGCAGAAACAGCUCAAGAAAGUGAUGGUCAAGGUGGUUUGCUUCCCUCGCUUUCACCUCAGAGAGUUGCUGCGAAGGCCCUUCCAUUUCAAGGGAAAGCAAAUGAUGCAGCAAGUCCUUCAAACAUGUCUAAGAAUUUUAGAGCUGAUGUGUUACGGGAAAACACAGAAGCUGUUGUUGCAGCAUGUGAUGCUGCCCAUGGAAGAUGGGCAAAGCUACUUGGGGUUCGUGCUCUACUUCAUCCUAAGUUGAGAUUGCAGGAGUUUUUGAGCAUCUUUAACAUCACCCAAGAGUUUAUAACUGCUACAGAGAAGAUAGGGGGAAGGCCAGGAUUUAGCAUCAGGGGAACCCUACAGUCACAAGCCAAAGCCUUCAUCGAAUUUCAGCAUGAAUCUCGAAUGGCAAAAAUUAAGGCCGUUCUUGACCAAGAAACAUGGGUUGAAGUAGAUGUUCCUGAUGAAUUUCAAGUCAUUGUCACUUCACUAUUUUGUUCUGAAUUGGUAUCUGAGAACCUGGAUGCUAUCGAAGGUAAUAUGGAAACAAGCUAUAGGGAGAUGGCCACAAGCAGUAAUAAUUCACAUACAGACAAUACAGCAUCAUCAAUUGCCGAACAGCAAAUUAAACGGGCUGAUUCGAGUGACUUAUCCGCGGAUGAGACUGCGAAAGAGAAGUGUACACAAAAUGCUGAUGGAGUGGAAAAAAAUAAGCCUGAUGUCGCAAAUUCUGUGGCUCAAAAUAACCACAGCAACAUGAAGGAGCGGGGAAAAUCAACCUCUCAAACCCUUUUCUUCAAAGGUGUUGGUUUUCACAUGGUAAACUGUGGCUUGAUAUUGGUGAAGAUGUUGUCAGAGUACAUUGAUAUGAACAAUUUUUUUCCAGCACUGUCCUCAGAAAUUGUUCAUCGUAUUGUAGAAAUUUUAAAGUUUUUCAAUACAAGAACGUGCCAGCUUGUUCUUGGUGCUGGUGCCAUGCAGGUAUCUGGUUUAAAGUCCAUCACUUCUAAACACCUGGCCUUGGCAAGUCAAGUCAUCAGUUUUACGUAUGCUAUUAUUCCUGAAAUCAGGCAAAUUCUUUUUCUAAAAGUACCUGAGACAAGAAAGGCACUGUUGCUAUCUGAAAUUGAUCGAGUAGCUCAGGAUUACAAGGUUCACAGAGAUGAAAUACAUACGAAGCUGGUUCAGAUCAUGAGAGAAAGGUUAUUAGUUCAUCUACGUGGGUUACCUCAAAUUGUAGAGAGCUGGAAUAGACCUGAAGAAGCUGACCCACAGCCCAGCCAGUUUGCUCGAUCCCUUACUAAGGAAGUUGGAUACUUGCAACGUGUCCUAACUCGAACUUUACAUGAGGUCGAUGUUCAAGCAAUUUUCAGGCAAGUGGUUAUAGUCUUCCAUUCACAAAUUUCAGAAGCAUUUUCACGCUUAGAGAUCAGCACACCACAGGCCAAGGACAGGCUGUAUCGGGAUGUCAAACACAUUCUUGGAUGUAUUCGCUCCUUGCCUUCUGAUAAAAUGAGUGAAUCUAGUAUUCCAAACUGGGGUCAACUAGAUGAAUUCGUGGUUCAGAGAUUUGGGGCAGAAGCUGGUUAAAUGUUGUUGUAAAGUAUCAAAUCAGUUGCUUCUUUGGAGAUGGCUAAUCAGAUUUGAGGAUGUCAGAACCAAUUUCCGUCUAUGCAUUUCCCUUGUACAAUUUUAUUGAGGUUUUGCAUUUUUCUGAGAUGUAUAAAGUCCUGUAUCAGAUCCAAAUAUUGUGACAAGAAGGUCAUUGAAACCAGAAUUUUUCUGUACCAGUCACACUUGAAUUACAAUUUGUAUUUACUAGGACUCAAUCAAUGUUUUGUUCCCCCAAUUGUAGUUUUGGGUUAAAGAUGAAACCAAUUGAUUUGUUUUUGAUUUAGUUAAGGGACAAGAAAUAUGAGCUUUUAAGUCAACUUUCGGAGCCUGAAUCACAUCUAAUUGUAUCCAUACUUGAGUUUAUGCAUACAUGUCUUCAUAAAUGGUAAAUAAGAGAUAUUUUUUUCCUGUA